CUUCAGCCAAUCAGCUGGCUGUGGUACUAGUGAUAUUUACUUUCUUGUUUAGUAUGAAUAGUGGCCGACGGCAAGGGAUUGAGAAAGGAAUUAGGCGUAGUUUAUCGCUACUGUUGAUAUGUAUUUUAUGAAAUUGAAAUCGAGUAAUGAAGAGACUAUUUUAAAAUUUAUUUAUUUGUUUUUUAAAAGCUUUCUCAUCUAUACGUUAAGUAUGCUCGUAUCGUUAUACUAACUACAGAAGCUAAAAAGAGAAGUGUGCGUAAUUCAGUUUUUGCUUGGUUGUAUAAAACCGGUCGACGUUAAACUUGCAAUACAAUUGUGAUUAUUCUCUAGCUAGCCUUGCGAAUUGCAGUGAAGGCAACAUCGCUUUGUCAAGUAUCUGUUUUAGGUUUAACUUAAACUUAGCAUAACUUGCACAUUAGACAAAGUGGUUAUAACCUGUUCUCAAACGAAUUGACUGUUGGCGGUUUAUGUACCAAUAACGUCAGUAAUAAUUAGUUAAAUUAAUAAACUGCAGUUCGUUACUUUAGAAUUAGAAGUAGUUGAACUACUUAAGUAUAAAGUAAAGGUCUAAAGUACCAGCAUCAUUCCCUCGACAAUAGCCCGGAAAUAUGACUGAAUAUAAACUAGUUGUUGUCGGAGCUGGAGGUGUCGGUAAAAGUGCCUUGACAAUCCAACUCAUACAAAACCAUUUUGUGGAUGAAUAUGAUCCAACAAUAGAGGAUUCCUAUAGAAAACAAGUGGUUAUAGAUGGGGAAACUUGCCUUUUGGAUAUUUUGGACACAGCUGGUCAAGAAGAAUAUAGUGCAAUGAGGGAUCAGUAUAUGCGUACUGGAGAAGGUUUUCUCUUAGUUUUUGCAGUCAACAAUUCAAAAUCAUUUGAAGACAUCAGCAUGUAUCGUGAACAAAUAAAGCGUGUGAAAGAUGCAGAUGAUGUACCUAUGGUGUUGGUAGGAAAUAAAUGUGACCUCCCAACCAGGGCAGUUGACAUGAAACAGGCAGCAGAAGUAGCAAAAAAUUAUGGAAUCCCAUUUAUAGAAACCUCUGCUAAAACAAGAAUGGGAGUGGAUGAUGCCUUCUACACCUUGGUACGAGAAAUACGUAAAGAUAGAGAGCGAAAAGGAAAAGAUAAGAAGAAGCACAGGGAUAAAAUUAGAAAAAGAAAGUGUACUAUUCUGUAAAUGUUCGAGUCUGAAACACAAGUAAUGAUUUUACAACCCUAUCUGCAGCCAUGUUUGUGGAAAGUCUGUUGUAUGUGACACCUACCGAAUCUGUGUGUGCUUAAUAACAGCAAAGCAAGUUCUGCUUCAAACCUAUACAUCACACACAAAGGAAGUGGAAAGGGUGAUGAUCUACUCUACCUUCUUCUUCUUUUGUUUUUGAAUCUUUCCUUUGUUUCCAGAUCAAACAUUGGCACUAUGUGACUGUGAUUUUGAACUUUUAUGAUUGUCAUGCGUUCUUAACUAAUGUUUGAAGGCUGAUUGAAAUUUAAAUUCUUUUUUAUUUUUUUUUGCUUAUACUGGUCUUGUCCCACUCAUUUAGGAAGCUUAAAUAUUUUGAAUGAUUGUGUGUUAGCCAGUUCCAGGAAACUGCCCCAACAUGACUGGUUCUGCUAAUGAUAUUUCACCACAUAUUCCAGUGAAAACUUUGUAGGUGUGCUCUUUCAAACAUAUCUGUGGAUAAUAUCAGAACUGAAUAGAAGUAGCAGCUAACAACUUGUUUAUUACAUCAUGUGGAGGGAGGUCAAAGGGAAUGGUCAUUUAGAGGUAUAACAAGAGAAAGCCAUAAAGACACUCAAGAAGUAAUAAUUUAAAAUUCUGUCUAAAAAGAAGGAAAAA